AUGGAGUAUAAAAUAAUCAUCUUGUCGGUGGCAUGUUUCUCAUUGUUGACGCCACCAGCACUUGCUUCGGUUAUCGUAGCAAGGAAAGCGGACUGUAUGGAAGCACAAGAAGACACACCACUUGUUGCAGGGCUAGCUUUAAAAGGUGCCGCGGCCCUUAUGGCGAUGAAAGCAGUAGCAGCGCUCGCCCUUAAGGCUGCUAUAUUUAAAGGAGCCAUGAUAGUUAAAGGUAUCGCGGCUGCCUUCGGUAUUGGAUCUGCUUUAAUGGGUCUAAAGCCGAUCGGUAUUCCUGAACCGCCGAGCAAACCGUCUUGUCCUGAUACCAUGGAACCGAAACCUGAGGUCCCGAAACCUGAGGUCCCGAAACCUGAGGUCCCAGGUCCUGCACCGGAUGGUGCAAUGGAAAAUAAGUUGCCGGUAGCUAGUGAAGAUGUUGGUCCCGUAAAAGAAAAACAAAGAGUUCUUGUUAACCAACCAGUUGUGUAUGAGCAUGAAAGAUCUCGAAAAUAUUAUUCAAUGCCAGUCGUCGAGGAGUAUGAAAUGGAUAAUUUUAAA